GACGAAAACCAGAAGUGUUUUGGCCCUCCAGGACCGGAGUUGAACAGUAUUACGUAUUCUUUAUUUUCUCAAAACAUUACAAUGCGGAGAAAGUAACACAGUGGUUAUAAAGAGAGCACGCACCUCCAGACCUGUGGCAGUGUAACCAAAGUUAACCAUCACAAUGGGAAAGAUCAUCUUCUAUGAAGACAGAAACUUCCAAGGUCGCUCGUAUGAGUGCAGCGGAGAGUGCUCCGACCUUCACUCCCACUUCAGCCGCUGCAACUCCAUCCGGGUGGAGAGCGGCAACUGGAUGGUGUACGAGAGGCCCAACUUCACAGGUUACCAGUACUUCCUGAGGGGGGGCGAGUUCUCUGAGUACCAGCGCUGGAUGGGCUUCAACGACUGCGUCAGGUCCUGUCGCAUGAUCCCCAUUACGAAGGGAUCUCACCGUCUAAAGAUCUUCGAGCGUCCCGAGUUCGGAGGUCAGAUGAUGGAAAUGACGGAGGACUGCCCCAACCUCUACGAGCGCUUCCAUCACAAUGACAUCCACUCCUGUAACGUGAUGGAGGGCUACUGGAUCUUCUUUGAGCACCCCAACUACACCGGGCGCCAGUAUCUGAUGAGCCCCGGGGAGUACAGGAGGUUCAAUGAGUGGGGAAGCAUCAGCCCCAGGGUGGGAUCCAUCAAACAUAUUGCCAUGUAGGAACCUGAAUGUGUGAGUUGAAUGAAUGCAAAACACAUUGAAAUAAAUCCAUCCACA